CGUCCACGUGAGGUUGUGAAGCGUGUGUUGCCGCUGGUCAGGGUAAAAAUGUUUUCAUAAAGAAACAGUUAGCAAACGCAGACGGUUUAAGUAAGAAUCGUUCAAGAUCAGUUUUUGCCCGUGGGCAAUAAUUUUGUUUUGCGGAACAAAGGACACAUAAAGUGUGCAGAAGUGCCUGAGAGAGGAUGGCAGAGGAUGGCCCCUCUAGGACCCCAACACCCAGCCCUGCUGGCAGGGGGUUGCUGGUGGGACGCAGGCUACCUGCCACACUGUCCCCAGGCCGUCUGCCCACCAUGCGGUCACGAGACCUCACCCUCGGAGGGGUGAAGAAGAAAACCUUCACCCCUAACAUCAUUGGCCGCAAAGCUAAAGAAGAGCAGAAAGUGGAGAGUGGACAGAGGCAGGAGAGAAAGGAGGCAGACAGAGGUCGCCAGAGGGAUGGGCGUGGCAGGGGCCGGGGGCGCCCUGAGGUCAUCCAGUCACAUUCCAUCUUUGAGCAGGGGCCAGCGGAGAUGAUGUUAAGAAAGAAAGGCACCUGGGAUGGGGAGAGAGACACCCCGAACAUGGGCCCCUCUCCCAUCAUCAACAUCAAGAAGGAGAAGAGGGAAACUGAGGAGGAGACCAAGGAGAUAUUGCGCAAGCUGGAGCGAGACAAUUUCCUGGAUGACCCUCACUUGCAGAAUGAGAUGAGGAGCUGUCCUGUACAGCUGCCCCUGGCCGUAUCGGGCUGGGUCUUCAAGGAGGAGUUUGGUGAGGACGCCCCUAAAGGGAGCCUCAAGGCAGAGGAGUUGAAGACUGAGGAGGAGGGCGAUGGAAUGGACGUGGAGUAUCGAGACACCAAAGUCAAAGUAAAGGAGGAGCCUGCAGAUUUUCCAGAGGUCAAGAAAGUGGAGCCCACCUUCAAGCCUCCGCCUAUCCCAGAGCCCAAGUCACUACCGGAGUUGCUCAAUAGCUGGAGCCACUCUAAAGGGGAGGAGCUGCUCUUUAUGCAACUACCUGAUUCGCUGCCAGGGCAGCCACCGACACAGGAGACUAGGCCAGUCAGGACAGAAGUGCAGUCUGAAGAUGGCCAAUCAGUGCUUGUGAGGACUGAAAACAGCCAGGAAGAGCUGCAGGAGAAUACCUGCUGUUUGAGUGAUCUCCAGGAGGGACUAGUGGGUCGAUUGCUGGUGCGGAAGUCUGGGAAAGUUCAACUCAUCCUAGGGCAUAUUACCCUGGACUUGGCCUUAGGGACACCCUGCGCCUUCCUGCAGGAGCUGGUGUCAGUGGGAACAGGAGAAGGCAGGACUGGAGAUCUUUCUGUGCUGGGACACAUCAAACACAAACUGGUCUGCUCACCUGACUUCCAGGCCCUGCUGGAAAACAGGGCAUGAGUGCCUUGGAGCUGCAGCACGCAUAGCGGGUCCCUGACCACCAGAGUCACGAGAUGCUGAUCGCCAGUGUUUGCCAAAUCCUGCCAAAUCAACCCACAUGUGAUCACUCAUAAUACCAAGAUCCCGGAUAGGCUUCAUGUCCCGCAGCUCAGACCUGGCAGGACAGCAGUGCUGCAUUCACCGUGGUUUCCAUUAAAGAGACUAUGUGAUUUCAAGAAGGGGGAAAUUGUCAAGUAUAACGUGACAGAUGGUGGAUGAACAAAUUAGAACGUUACUAUUUAUUUAUUUUUCUCUGCACGGUGAAGUGGGGAGAGAGAGCUCGUUUUUAGAUGGGGUUUUUUUUUUCGUUCAAGUGUUUAAAAAUAAUGGAACUGAUACUAGGGAAGGGACAAAAGGGGAAUAAAGUUUCACACUGUGUUAAGACAGAGCAGUGCCAAGUAGUUUUUCCACUACUGGUAUUUGAUCUAAAGAUGGCAAUAGUAUGGCCUCUUAGCAUCCACCAUAUGUCAGGGAUAGUGAGGUGAUGGUUGAGGGGAAAUAAGGAGCAAGAGCAUGGUACUCCCAAUUUACUUUUGCAUACAGAAAUUGGCAUCUAAUUUCUCCUCCUACUCUGCUUGUGGGAAGUCAGAAGUGGGGUAGGGUGAAGGUGUAGUGACCUUGGCUGUUAGACAUCACAUUCCCAUAGCUUCCUUGGCUUGCCAUGCAGGCUGCUCCUCUUGCUUGUCACAGUAAAGCUGAUCUUUGCUGAUCAGAGAUCAGCACUGUAAAGAGGAGUCAGGAGUGAGGGAGCAGACCGCAGUGGGGCAACUCACACUCACCACAAUGUACAAGUGUUUUUGUCAAUAAAUAUGGACACUCUGUAUUCUUUGUACUUCAUUUAUUUCUCUGUCUGAUGCUUCG